AUGGAUGAAAGAGUAAAGUAAUUGGAGAAAGACAUUGUUCAAAACGAAGUUUAAUAGCAGGAUAAUCAAUAAUCUUAGCAAAAUGAGACUAUAUACUUAUCUGAUUUUACUAAUCUUAAAGAAUUGCUAACUCAUUUUUAAAAUACCAUGUCAGAACUUUAAAUUUCAUUUGGAGCUAUACAAAUAGUAAAAAAUAGAUAAAAUAUCGAGUUUGCAAUACCAAUCCAAUAAGUAGAGAUGGAUCAAAAGAAAGAAAGAGAAUAAGCAAAAUAAUCACAAUUAAAUUUAUAAGAACAUAUUAAAAUAGCAAAUUUAUAACUUUAAUUACUAGAACAGCAUGAAUCUGAAUAAUUACUUAAAAUUCAGAACUAAGCACUUAUAAAUCAAAUUUAAUAGUUAUCCUAAUAGGUCUAGAAUUUAGAGUAUUAGUAGAAAGAAAAAAUUCAGGAGAAUGAAGGAAUGAGUGUUAUGAAGAAAUUCAAAUAUGAAUAAAUUAAUUAAAAUGAUACAGCCAAGUAAUAGGAAUUUUGUGGAGCAUUGGCAUUCAAUGCAGAUUGUUCAAUUCUCGCUGUUGGCUGCAAUAAAAUGAUUAAAAUAUUCGAUUUUGAUUAGGGAGUAUUGAAAUUAAUCUAAACUCUCACCGGUCACAGUAAUCUAAUCUAAACACUAAACUUUAUGAGGAAUAACAAUUAAUAAUUUUUAUCAGGCAGCAGUGAUAAUUAAAUAUUCGUUUGGACGUAGUAAUAAGAUUGUAAUUGGAUUUGUCAUUAAAAAUUGUAAGGACAUGCCUCAGGUAUAUUAUGCUUGAUUUUGAAUUGUAGUGAUGAUCUUAUGGUUUCAGGUAGUAAGGAUAAAACCAUCAAAUUUUGGGUUAAACCUAACAAAGAUGCUGAUUGGAGAUGCUCUUAGACAAUUUCAGAACAUUAAGACUAUGUUAAUGCUAUUAGUAUGAAUGAAAACGAAUAAAAAUUGAUCUCAUGUGGGGAAGACAAGUUAAUUCUAGUUUUAGAAAGACCUUCAAAGUUUCAGGAUUAAUGGAAUAUUAUACAAAAGAUUAAAUUGUAAAACAUGGGAUUUCGACUAUGUUUUAUUAAUGAUAACCAAUUCACAUUUUAACCAUGCAAACAAUCCUAUUUGAGUGUUUUUGAAUUGGAUAAUAACAUUUAUAAAUUGAAAACUGAGGUUGCAGUUAAAGGUGGGAUUGAUGAUUGUUAUAGUCUAUUUCCAUAAUAGUUUAAUAAAUCAAAAAAUGUUCUUAUCAAUAAGAAUGUUAGUAAUAUCAAUUUUAUACGAAAAAAUAAAAAUGGAGAACUAAUAACUGAGUAAUCAAUUGAUUUUUGCACGAGUUCGAUGAAUGGAAAACUUAGUAAUGAUGGGGAAUAUUUAGCAACAUGGGAUAGAAAAUCAUGGGAAAUUCAAAUCAGAAAAUAUUAAGAGUUUUGA